GAACCAAAAAUCGUUAUGACCAACAAGUUGUGCACUGUUUCAGUUGGUGACACAGAACAGAACAACCGGCUCCAGUCAAAACCCCUAAAACCCCUAAACUCAAACUCCCAAACACACAGAGAAAGAAGAAGAAGAAGUAGUAGAGACCCAAGCAGAAGCACAAGGAUGAAGGACGAGGAUGACGGACCACCCAAUAGAGAACUCUACGCACUGCUUCACAUAUCUCCUGAUGCCUCCGAUGACGAAAUCAGAAAAUCCUACCGGCAAUGGGCCCAAAUCUACCACCCAGAUAAAAUUCAAGCUCCCCAUAUGAAAGAAGCUGCUACAGAAAACUUUCAACGAAUAUGUGAAGCGUAUGAGAUAUUGACAGAUGAGAAUAAGAGGAAGAUAUAUGAUAUUUAUGGUAUGGAAGGGUUGACUUCCGGUUUGGAGCUUGGUACAAAGCUCAGUAAAGCAGAAGAGCUAAAGGAGGAACUUGAGAGGUUGCGGAAAUUGAAGGAAUUAGAGAAGGUCGCGGCACAAUUUCAAACUUCUGGUUCCAUGGUUGCCAAAAUGUCUUUACCACACUUUUUAAGUGGCAACGGCUUCAUGAGAGGAAUGGCUAUGACAAGUACAGUUCAGUCUCAGAUAUCAAAACGCAAUACACUAUCAAUUGGCGGAUAUGUAGCAGCUAAUGGAAACUCUGGCGGUGGAGGAGCUACUCUUGUUUUCGGCCAUCAGCUUUCUCCAGUUUCUUCCAUGGAGAUUGUGGCCUCAACUGGUUUAAGGUCACUUCUUGGAGUGCAGACAUCUCGUCACUUAUCUCAACAUUUAAAUGCAACAAUGGGACUUGCACUGUCCUUGAAAGAUGGUUCGUUGAAUCUCUCCAAUGUGUGGACACGAGAACUGUCUGAAACUACAAGUGGAAAUAUAGAGCUUAAUCUGGGCACUGAUUCAUCUAUUGCAAUAGGAUGGAAAAAGAAAGAAGAGAAAUCCUCUGCUUCUGGACAGAUGAAGUUGGGACUAGGUUCUUUUGAGGUAACAGCUAAUUAUACUCAUCGUUUUUCCAAAAAGUCUCAUGGUCAUCUAGAAGGAAAAUUUGGAAGCCAUGCCCUUGCGAUCGAAGUUGGUGGUGGGAGAAAAAUAUCUAAAUUUAGCACUGUCCGCAUGUUGUAUUCGAUAGGAAUUCAGGGUAUCUUUUGGAAAUUGGAACUGCAUCGUGGAGGCCAAAAGUUGAUUGUUCCUAUUUUGCUUUCAAGACAUUUGGAUCCUGUUUUUGCAACUGCAGCAUUCUUUUUUCCAACAUCUCUGUACUUCUUUGCCAAGAAAUUUAUUAUCAAACCUUAUUAUCUAAUGAGGGAAAAGCAGAAGGCUUUAGAGAACAUGGAAAGAACUUCUGCCAAGGUUCAAGAGGCACGAGCAGCGGCAGAUAAAGCUCAAAAGUUAUUACAAAAUGUAGCAAAUAGGAAACAGAAAAAGCAGCAAGAGAUAGGAGGCCUGGUAAUCACAAAGGCAUUUUAUGGGAGUGUUAAAACUUUGAAGAAAAGAGAUGAAAAUGUAGAAACAAAUGAUGAAUUAGCUCUACAGUUCGUUGAUGUUACAUUGCCUCUAAACUUUCUCGUCAGUGACAACGGGCAACUCAAGCUUCACGAAGGCGUAAAGAAGUCUGGCAUUAUGGGAUUUUUCGAUCCAUGUCCUGGAGAGCCUAAGCAGUUGUAUGUAGAGUACACUUAUGGUGGCAAUGUAUACGAGGUAGUAGUUGAUGAUUAUGCCGAGUUGCUAUUACCUCAGGAAACGCACAGAAUUUGAGUAUUCAUUUUACAAUGCUUUAAUUUACAUUUUGAUUACCUCUCCCAUUCUGUAUGUUAUACGCAAUCCUCUUACCAUGGUACCUGAUACCCCAAAAUGUAAAGGUAUCUCAACUUGAUUUCCUUUUCUUCUUUUACUUUGUUCCCUUACAGCCGCUACAAUUUUUUCUUAAAAUGUUGUAUUUAAUUUAAUAAGAACUAUGGAAAGAAAAAAGUCCAACUUAUUAAUUUUCCCUUCUUAAUUUAACUUUUUAACUUUGGCAAGUUGAACUAUAGCCAUUUUUUUAUACAUUAGACGUGACCUACCGUACUUUGGUG